AUGCAUUCAAUCUUUUUCACGUUAGUCAUCUUAGCUCUUAUAGCUUUAACCACAGCUUUUCCCAAUGGAUCUGGUACUUGUAAUUCGAACCAAACAGUUAUCGAAGGGGUUCAAGGUCAACCUAUGGGAACCCUAAAGGAAUUAGGUUAUGAAUUCGCUAUUACUAUGGAAAAGAAUCAAUACAAACCAGGUGGUCCACCGGUUAAGUUUUGCGUUCACGGUAAAUUUCCUUACAAAGGUGUCUUAUUGUAUGCUCUUGAUAAGGACAAAAAUCAUGUCGGUUCAUGGAAGGUUCAACCUGGUCACAAAAUUUUGAAUUUAAAUUGUCUCGGAGAUAAAGAGGGAACACUAACUCAUUCUGAUCCCUCUCCAAAAGGACCUAAUUUAUGUUACUUAUAUUCGCCACCAUUAAAGGAUGUUGGUGCAAUUAAUUUCGUUGGUACAGUUUGUCAAAGCAGAGACGCUGGGUUCCAAAUUGUUAGAUUCCCAACCUUCUUCACCGCUGAAGGUGGUAAUAAUAAUAAUGUCACUACUACAACAAUGACAAAAACAACUUGUACAUAUGAAGAAACGAAACCAACAUACGAAAAACCAACAUACGAAAAACCACCAUACGAAAAAACGACAUACGAAAAACCACCAUACGAAAAAACGACAUACGAAAAACCGCCCUACGAGAAAACGACAUACGAAAAACCGCCCUACGAGAAACCGACAAACGAAAAUACAAAAAUGACAACGACAUGCGAUUACACGAAACCGACACACGAAAAUACCAAACCGUCAUAUGAGAAGCCGACAUAUGAGAAGCCGACAUACGAAAAUACGAAACCGACAUAUGAGAAGCCGACAUACGAAAAUACGAAACCGACAUAUGAGAAGCCGACAUAUGAGAAGCCGACAUACGAAAAUACGAAGCCGACAUAUGAGAAGCCAACAUAUGAGGUACCAACAUAUGAACCGACAAAAUCAAACAGUCCUGUUGGUUUCAAUCCACCUGAAGUUAAUGCAGCUAAUGGAAUAACUUAUACAGGAUGUAUAUUAUUGUUACAAUUAAUGAUUGUAUACGAGUAUAUGGCAGGGUAUACGGGUCAAAGAAAAUUAGAAAAUGAAAAAAAAAAUGAAGAAAUUGAAGAAAAUGUCGAAAAUGACGUUAAUAAACAAAUAGACUGGUUUACAUUAUAUUCAUUGACAAAAUGGAAACGUAAAAACACAAAUAAAAGUAGAUUGUAG